AUGGAAAAUGAUCAUUAUGCACAUGGUGGGGAAACUUCUGACGAAUCGGACGAGGAGAAGCCCUUUUUGAUCUUCGCCAUAUUUGUUCUUCUAGGAUUGACCUUAUUUGACCCAUACCUAAACCCUUUGCAGCGGCGACGAAUCCGAUAUGGUUCACAGUCAGGUGCUCAAUGGGUUGUAGAGCUAAUAAAUGGCCAUCGAGGCAGAAUAUUCGACAACCUUCGCAUGGAAGCUCCCCUUUUCCUGCAAUUAUAUGACUUGUUGCUUAAGCGAGGUUAUUGGAAGCCACACCCUACACAACGGGUGGCAAUUCAUGAGUCUAUCGCCAUUUGCUUUCUGUGCUUGAGUCAUAAUGAGCGAUAUAAGGAUUGCGUUAGAGCUAUCGAUGGAACACACGUAUCAGUUUGGUGUAGAGCCGAAGACAGGGAUCGUUACCGGAACAGGCAUGGCGGCUUAUCACAGAACAUUCUAGCCGUGUGUGACCAUAAUAUGAAAUUCACUUAUGCCAGGGUAGGGUCGAAGGGUAGUGCCCAUGAUUCUAGGAUCUUACGAGAUGUUUUACUUGAUCUUAAUUGUGUCUUUCUAAUGCCACCAGCAGGCAAAUAUUAUGCGGUGGACGUGACAUACACAAAUAUGCCAGAGUUUAUGGCUCCCUUUAGGAGUGCACGGGGAAUCCCACAAGAGCGAGUAGCAAAAGCACUUUUCAACAGACGCCAUGCAUCUUUAAGAAACAUUAUAGAACGCACAUUUGGUGUCUUGAAAAAGCGAUUUCCGAUACUGAAGGGGCCCAUACAGAACUAUUUGAUGGCAACACAAAAUAACAUUGUCCUUGUUUGUUGUGCCUUGCACAACUUCAUGCACGAUCAUAUUCCCAAUAACGUAUAUUUUGUUGAAGAAGAAGCUGAUGCAGCAUUGGCAGAUAAUUCAGACCAGAGCAACCAAAUGUUUGAACCACAAUCACUCGAUAUGUCGGCACAAGGAAUUGUUGACUGA